AUGAAGAGUUUGGUCAAGCUUCAGGCACCAAACUUUGAGCUUGAUCAGGCUAAAGUGGAGAAAGGACAGAAGGAAGGGCAGAAGGAGGGCAGAGGGCCAUUCAUCAAAAAAGCACAUCAUCAUCAUCCCCACCUCCUCCCAUUCAUGGUCGUCGCACUGCUCACGAUCGUUGUCCUCGAGGACAAUUCGAGUAGGUGGUUGUGCCUCUCAGAGCCAGAAGGAAGGGAGGGCCACGUAAAGGAUGAGGGAUAUUCAUCAAAACACUUUUCCCCCAGGCAUAUAUGGCCGUCGAUGUGUGAUCCUGGGUUGUUGUCGUUCCUCGGGUCCCCAAAACUCAGCGCCGCAAUGAGCUGA